AGCAUACCAUAGACGUUCACUGGUCCCAUCAUGGACAGGGUCUACAUCAACAGUGUCUGCUUCAUAGCAUUCCUUUUACAACUGUGCGCACUCAAUGCGCUCGGACAGGACUUUUCCGUUUUCACAGAAACAGAUGACUCUGGUGAUUUUGAGUAUUAUUACGAUUACACCACCGACGACCCUGCAGAAGAUAUUGAUUUGACUCUAGAUGACUGGUUAUAUGAACUCAUGGAUCUCACAGAUGAGUGUGAUCCAAACCCAUGUUUGAACGGAGGCAGCUGUGACCACACUGCCGAUGGGAGCUUCAGAUGUUUGUGCCCUGACCGGUACACAGGAAAGAAGUGUCAGACAGUGAAAGAUGUUUGCAAGAACGUGAAAUGUGGCCAUGGAAGCUGUGUUGUCACAUCUGCUGCACCAUUUCACGAGUGCAAGUGCAAGCCUCCAUACAGACCACCCAACUGCAACAAAGCUUCUCCCUGCAGGCCAAGUCCCUGUCAGAAUGGAGGCUCUUGCAUGAAGGGUCCCAAACGCUCUCCCUUCCAAUGUCUUUGUCCAGAUGGAUAUAGUGGAAAGUUCUGCGAAGUUGGACCUAACGACUGUUACCAAGAGGACGGAGAGUUUUACCGCGGCAUGGUGAGUGAAACAGUUGAAGGGGAAGAGUGUCUGGACUGGAAUUCCUAUUUCAUUCGGCAGAAAGGGGGAGAUCCCUACAAAGAGUAUGCAGGCUUCGAUGGAAUUGGACCACACAAUUUCUGCAGGAACCCUGAUGGGGAUGAACAGCCCUGGUGCUUCAUUAACAAUAAACGCCAACUGAAGUGGAACUAUUGUAAAGUUAGAAAAUGUUCUGGAGCACCAGCCACCCCACCGACCAUCCAUGAAACGGAUCUGACACCAGCCAAGCCGGAUGUCACUGCUGCCCAGUUCUCCCAGUGCGGGAGGCCUCAGCCCGGCCGCUCGUCCAAGAUCAUCGGAGGGAAGAAGUCUCUUCCUGGGGCUCAUCCUUGGCAGGUUUCCCUACAGACCAGAUCCAAAGGCUCCUCAGAGCCCUUCGGCCACAUCUGUGGAGGCAUCCUCCUCGAGUCCUGCUGGGUACUGACUGCUGCACACUGCAUUAAAAGCAAAGUGGAAAUGCAGGUGGUGCUGGGAGGAGUGGACAUAGAGAAGGAUGAAGUAUAUGAUCAGGUCAUUCCUGUGGAGAAGGCCAUCGUGCAUGAGAAUUACAGGGAGAGCCCCUUCGCCCUUUAUAAUGAUGUUGCCAUGCUAAAGCUGAGAGUCAUGGACAGACUGCACUGUGCCAAAGAGACCCGCUUUGUAAAGACAGCCUGCCUGCCAAACCAGGCCUUCAACAACGGGACGGAGUGUGUGAUCUCAGGAUGGGGUGUAACCGAGACACAGACGUACGGUACCAACCAGCUGCUGGAUGCUCGUGUCCUCCUGAUCUCCCAGGAGAAAUGUAAAGCUCCCCAUGUUUACGGAGACUCUCUGGACGACAGCAUGUUCUGUGCAGGCAACAUGAAAGGAGGCGUUGACUCCUGCCAGGGUGACUCUGGUGGCCCUCUGGUGUGUGAGCGUAAUGGGACCCACUAUGUUGUUGGUGUUGUGAGCUGGGGCGACGGCUGCGGCAAGAAGUACAAGCCUGGUGUCUACGCCAACGUCGGCAGAUUUGUUGAUUGGAUCGCUACUCAUUUACUCUCUUAAGGAUACAUUGGCCCAUAAUGUAUGUGAGAAUUUCAGACAUGCUGCCACUGACUCUGUAAUGUUAUCUUGUAUCAACAACACACUUUCCUUUUGUAGAAAUGAGAUCUCUCACUCCAUGCCCAAAGUGUCAAAUUUGUGACACGUUACUUCAUAUGUUUUCAUGUUUUACCUCAUGUAUAUCUCACUGUGGUGACAGGCCUGAGAACCAGUUCCCACCCACAAAAUACAGAAAUGCUUAAUUGGAGAAACAAUCUAACAAGUACCUUUACAAUUAAAAAUCUUUAAUAAUG